UAUAUUCACAAAUUAAUUUCAUUCAGGUGCUUAUAAUAAUAUUUGCAUGUUAAACUUUCUGAGGGGCAAUGUCCCUCGUGCUAUUCUGAGUACAUGGUCGCGUACAUCAGUUAUUAUAUUUUACGUUUUCCGACAAUGACCGAUGUCCAAACAUCGAUUACACUCCCCUCUAUAAUAGCAUAUACUAGCUGUUAUACCCUCAGUCGCCACAACAACGCCAUGUCCGAAAGUAGCCGAAACGUCGAGUUCGAAAUACAAAUGACCGUUCCGGUCACCACGAGGCAUUUGUACAAACUUCCAUCCGGAUCGUCUAAUAAUAGACCAACAGGAUGGAUAGUGCAACAAGAAGUAGCUCGAAUGAUGGAUUCGUUAUUGGAUCCAUUUUCAUCAUUCGCAUCAUUUUCCAAACCUGUACGACGAACAAACCAAUCUUCAAAAAGAUCUCAUCUAUACAGAUCGUCGUCUCAACAAACACAAACAAUGCAGAACUCAACACCUAAUAUAAAUCGAUCUAACCACGACAAUCAUCAGCAACGAAGAUCGAACGGACCAUCAGAAAAGUGGGCUGCAACAUUAAGAAGAAGUGAUCCAGAAUUACUGCCGGCUAUAACAACGAGGAGAGAUAGGUGUUGUUCACAUCCCGGUGGAUAUAGAACAAAACCAGUGAUACCUCCGUUAAACUCACAAGCACCAUCUACAGCUCGACAAGCCGAUCAAAAAAAACAAAUCCAAAAAUCCAAAGCACUCAUAGGCUAUGAGGCCCAUUUAAUAGAUAUAAUCGAAAAAGACAUUUUACAAAGGAACCCAAACGUACAAUGGGACCGAAUAGCGGGAUUAAAGCACGCAAAAAAUUUACUGCAGGAAGCUAUGGUUUUGCCGAUGCUAAUGCCUGAUUUUUUCAAGGGCAUUCGGAGACCUUGGAAGGGUGUUUUGAUGGUUGGACCACCAGGUACAGGCAAAACAAUGCUAGCCAAGGCGGUAGCCACUGAAUGUGGAACGACGUUUUUUAAUGUUUCGUCGUCAACAAUGACUUCGAAGUAUAGAGGAGAAUCAGAAAAACUAGUUAGACUAUUGUUUGAGAUGGCGAGAGUGCAUUCUCCGUCUACUAUAUUCAUAGAUGAAGUCGAUUCCCUUUGCUCCUUACGGGGAUCCGAAGGUGAACAUGAAGCAUCAAGGAGAUUCAAAGCAGAACUCCUUAUACACAUGGACGGUUUAAAUUCAAUUAGUGAAGAAGAAAACAGUCCGUCUAUAAUGGUUUUGGCAGCUACUAAUCACCCUUGGGAUAUCGAUGACGCUUUUAGAAGACGUUUCGAAAAAAGAAUAUACUUGCCUUUACCAAACGAUGAGUCUAGAAUGGCAUUAUUGAAGUUAUGCCUGGAAGGCGUGGAUCUCGAUGAAUCGUUUGACUAUCGAUAUGUAGUGAACAAGUUAAGGGGUUACACUGGGUCGGACAUUGCCAAUGUCUGUAGGGAUGCGGCCAUGAUGGGUAUGCGACGAAAAAUUGUCGGCCAAACACCGGAUCAAAUCAAAAAUAUUAAACGAGCUGACAUCGACUUGCCGGUAACUGUACAAGAUUUCAACGAAGCAAUACAAAGGUGUCGAAAGACUGUAACCAACCAAGAUAUCGAAAAAUACCAAGCGUGGAUAGAUGAAUUCGGAUCAUUUUGAUUUUCCAAUGUUACCAAGAAUGUGCAAAAUCUGUAAUAAAAACAGCAAAAAAUAUGAUUGUAUAAUACAAAAAAUAAUCCGUCCAUGUUAAACAUUUAUUUUUAAUGAUUACCUAUAAUAAAACGAAUGCAUGUGUUUAACGUUUCCUCUACUUAGGGGAUUUCGUUUUUAAAUAGGAUUCUGGGUUGUGAUUCAAAUUUGAAUACUUUAUUUUUUAAUUUUAAUAUUCGUAAAAUUCAAGUCAUUGGUUAAUUAAAUAUCCAAAUACUUUAAAUAUUGAAUACAUUUUUAAUUAGACAAUAAUUUAACUAUAAAGUAGUACUUUAAAGUAAUGAGAAAAGGCGUACAGAGCCCGGAGCGGCAAGUCUUAGGGAUGGCACAAUCUUACCUCAUAAAUUAUUUAGGUACAUUUUUUAACUAUUUAUAAAAAAAUCGAAAUAUUAAAUUUUAAAGCGCAAUAUUAUAAUUACUGUUAAUUAAGGUAAUGCAGAGUGCAUAGACUGCUGGUUGAUCAUUAAAAAACUCUAUUUCAAAUACAUUUUUAAAAAACCAACACAGUCCAAACCAAUCAGUCUAAACCAACCUAGUACAAAUUUAAUAACGUAAAAAUCGAUAUAGAUGAAGUUAGAAAAGUUCGGAUGAACUAAUUAUUAAAUAUUAACGUGAUUUCAUCGCAUACGAACGCUUCGAUGUGAAUCUGUGCAUACUGGACCCCGCUGGUAAUUUUUCCUCGCUGUGCUUGAUUCAGGCUUUGCUGGUUUAGUCAAUACUUCGUUUGUAUUGUAAUUAGUUUGAGCUAUGUUGGUUAACACUGUCCUGGGUUCUUACUAUUUGCAGAUUUGCAUCAAAGCGUUAUGUUAAUGUUUACGUUUACGUUAAUUUUAUUGUGUUAUAUUUCACAUUCAUAUUUAAUAAUAAUUUUACUCAACUUUGCCGACUUCUUUUGUAGGUAUUGAAUUAUACGGUGCUUAGUUAUGAUGUUCUCGGCUUAGUUUUCUACUUCACUUUUUAGUUUUUCCUUAGCUAGUUUUAUUAUUGUGCUGGCUUUUACUAUUCACAAAUUCCCAACGAAGAGUUUGAUUGCGAUAAAAUCACUUUCAGAUUUAAUAUAUUUUGACUUUAUCCCAUUUUCCUAACUUCUUACUAUACCUAAUGGUUUAUGCUGUACGAGGUUUAGAUUUAUACUGUUCUGGUUUAGACUAUGAUAGAUUUUACAGUAGGUAUUUAAUUUUACUGGUCUAGUUUUUUACUUUUUGUUAUUUUUGUUGU